AAGCCUGCAGCCUGAGGGGCCACCCUUUCCUGCUGAGGGCCAUCACCCUCAGCCCGAGGCUAUGCAUCCUGUGUUGACUCCUGCUUUGGUCCCCACGACAGCGUGGGAAGCGCAGUGAGGCACACUCGGGUCUCUAGGACACAAGAAAGAGGAGCUGAGUCCCUAAGAACCCUGCUUUUUCCACAUCGAUACAAUAAGUUCCUCAGUUUUUCUUGCUCAGAGAUUCUAUUAUUUAUGGCUGCCACAAAAACUUGGAACUGCAAUGACUAUUUCAGUGUGGACAAACUAAUGGAGUGGCCAGAGCCGGAGUCUGUUUCUUUAAUGGAGGUAUUAGCUCGAGAAGACAUCGAUGAAGCUGUGCAUGCAAUAUUGUUCCGAGAAAACUACAUCGUGAAGAGAAUGGAUACAUACAUUCAGCAUCAGGCAGUUUUUAAGGAAAGAAGAAAAGAGAUGUUACAUAAGAAAUGGGUUGAAAAUGUAGCGCGGCCUCUUCAGCAGAGAAUUAUAGAAAAAGUGGUUUCACAUAGACGACCCGGACAAAGUCAAGUGAAAUAUGAAUACUGCGCAAAGCACAUGGAUAAACCGACGAAAGCCUCUCCGAUGUGUGAGUGUCUGUUCCGAAGACAGCAAGAGCUCCGAGAAGCUAAAGGAACCCGCUACCAACACCGCACAGGUAAACAGAACGACAUGCAAAAAGAACCUAAAGGAACCAAGAAGGCUCCCCUCUUCAGCAAAUCACCCAAGUUCAUGCUCACUUCCCAUGGCAUCGUUCCCAAAGAGAGGCAGAGAGCCUCUGCCCAGCCUGUGUGGAAUAAGCCCAGUCUGUGCAGUUCUGAAAAGCUUGUCUGUACAUCCAAGUCACAUCUGCCUCAGGAAGAGAAGACCUGCAACAUAAGCCAGAUUGUCUUUGAAAGGCAGUUCCGUUCCUCUAAGCUCAGCCUGAAGAAGAAAGAGGCUGAGAAGAAGGGUCUGAACAGCGAGCAGAACCUGGCAGAGCCCUCCCCCGCGAGGAAGAGGGGAAAGUGGAGGCAGUGGGGGCGUUCAAGUCCUGCAGUGAUCUGGUGGGUGGCCUGGCGCUCUGUCCCUCUGCCCUGCUGGGCGCUGAGCGAGGAAACACAGUGUAGGUGGGUUCAGAACACAAGUGCAGACCCGUCUUUACAAGGUUUCAGGGACCCGACCACAGAGACCACGCUCCUGGGCAGCAGCAGACAGCCACCAUUCUCAGGGGCAACCUGCUGUGGGAAGAAGGGUGAUGACCGCAGAGCUCCUGGGGAAGCACCUGGCCUCCCUGCAGGGGGCAGCCAGGUCGGGCCUCCAGUGGGCAUAGAGCUUCCUGCCUUCACACUGCACAGACAUUUAAGACACUGA